AUGGCGGAGAAGUCCCAGAACAUGGACUUCAUGUCUAAGGUUUCACCAGAAGUGGGCGAGGAGCCCUCGCUGGAACAAGGCGAUAUGCAGCUUCUAGCGACACUGGGGUACAAGCAGGAGCUGCGCAGGCAUUAUUCGACCGUACAGGUCUUCGCAAUUGCAUUCAGUAUCAUGGGACUUUUGCCGUCGAUCGCAUCGACCUUAUCGUAUUCCAUUCCUGCUGGACCUGUGGGUAUGGUCUGGGCCGAUCUAGCGUCUGCGAUGCCCACUGCCGGUGGUCUAUACUUCUGGACCCACUAUUUCAGCGGAGAGAAAUGGAAGAAUCCCCUCAGCUUUGUCGUUGGAUACAGCAAUACAAUCGGUCUUGUUGGAGGUGUCUGUUCCAUAGAUUAUGGGUUUGCUACUAUGCUGUUGGCUAUUGUUUCCAUUGCGCGCGAUGGCGAAUGGACUGCUUCCCGUCCCGCCCUUUACGGCACGUAUGUCGCAUGCGUCGUCGUGCACGGCCUGAUUGCCAUCUUCUUUGCGCGCGUGAUGCCCAAAAUCCAGUCUGUUUGCAUCGUCCUCAACGCGGGCCUGGUCUUUGCCACUGCGCUCGCAUUGCCGAUUGGUAAGGCAGUACGCGGCGGGCAGAUCAACUCGGGUGCCUACGUCUUCGGGCAUGCUGAGAAUCUCACCACCUGGCCCGAGGGCUGGAGCUUCAUGAUCGCGUGGUUGUCGCCCAUCUGGACCAUCGGGGCGUUCGACUCCUGUGUCCAUAUGAGUGAGGAGGCCACCCAUGCUGCGCGGGCGGUACCACUGGGGAUUGUCUGGUCCGCGGGCCUGUGUGGUCUGCUGGGAUUUGUCUCGCUGGCGAUAAUGGCAGCUGUGAUCGACGUCGAUCUAACGGCGGUCCUCGACUCCAAGUUCGGACAACCCAUGGCACAGAUCUACUAUGACUCCCUCGGAAAAAGCGGCGCGCUCGGCUUCAUGGUCGUGGUAGCAGUGGUCCAGUUCUUCAUGGGCUUGAGUCUUGUGGUCGCAGCCUCCCGUCAGAGCUGGGCCUUCUCUCGCGACGGCGCCCUCCCUUUCUCCUCCUUCUUCCGCCACGUCAGUAAACGCAUUCGGUUCCAACCCGUCCGGAUGGUCUGCGCCGUGGUCGUGAUCGCCAUCAUCCUUGGUCUGCUCUGUCUGAUCGACAACGCUGCGGCCAGCGCGCUGUUCUCUCUAGCCGUGGCGGGCAACGAUCUCGCCUGGAUGGUCCCGAUCCUGGCCCGGCUCGUCUGGGGCCAAGACCGGUUCUACCCCGGAGAGUUCUAUACGGGCCGGCUGAGCAAGCCCAUUGCAAUCACCGCGAUCGUGUAUCUGGCUUUUGCUAUCGUGCUGAGCAUGUUUCCUACCGAAGGACCAGACCCGACCCCUGCGAAUAUGAAUUACACCAUUGUCAUCAAUGGCACCCUGUGGCUUGGGGCGCUGCUUUACUAUGCGGUCUAUGCGCGAAAGGUGUACAAAGGUCCGCAGACGACCGUGGGGGGGUCAGCUAGUCCGUCCGAGACGAGGCUCCCGCAGGAAGCGGAGGGAGAGAAGGAGAAGAAGGGUAACACUGCUUGA